AUGGAGGGAGUUGAACUCUGCUUUCCACAGCUCAACACCUCCUGCACGAAGCCAAAGCGUCCUCACUCUGACACUUUGCUUAUUUACAUUGUGCUGUCCUUCAUCUCUCUGCUCACUGUGACUCUCAACCUGCUGGUCAUCAUCUCUAUCUCCCACUUCAAGCAGCUCCACACCCCCACCAACCUCCUCCUCCUCUCUCUGGCUGUCUCAGAUUUCUUCGUGGGCGUUCUCAUGUUCUUUCAAAUUGUGUUCAUAGACGGCUGCUGGUUCCUCGGUGACAUUAUGUGUGUUCUCUACAAUUAUGUGGGAUACAUGAUUACCUGUUCCUCAGUAGGAACCAUGGUUCUUAUAUCAGUUGACCGCUAUGUGGCUAUUUGUGAUCCUCUACAUUAUUCCACCAAAGUCACUCCAAAAAGAGCUCGAAUCUGUGUUUCACUGUGUUGGAACUGUUCUCUCUUCUUUGUCAGCAUGGUGAUGAAGAAUAACUUGAAACAACCAGGAAAGUAUAAUUCCUGUGCAGGAGAGUGUGUGAUGGUCUUUACCUUUAUUGAACAAGUUGCAGAUCUUAUUUUGACCUUCAUUAUUCCCAUUAGUAUCAUCAUAGUUCUGUAUAUGAGGGUCUUUGUGGUGGCUGUGUCUCAGGCUCGUGCCAUGCGCUCUCAUAUUGUAGCUGUCUCACUCCAGCGCUCACAGACUGUAAGUGCUAAGAAAUCUGAGAUGAAAGCAGCCAGGACUCUUGGUGUUGUCAUAGCUGUGUUUGUAUUAUGUCUCUCUCCAUAUUUCUGUGUCACACUUACAGGCCAGGACACCUCACUCAAUCCUUUAUCUGCUGCCUUUGUAAUAUGUUUGUUCUAUUUCAAUUCCUGUCUAUGUGUGUGGACAUGCUAA